GUGCGAUCAAGAAAAGUAAUAUUUAGCUAGAUUUUUAAAAUUUUGAAAACCAAAAAUUUUUGUUCUUUUUUUUUUUUUUAAUUAAGUUUUUAGAUAGAUAAAAAUGUUGAAUAACUAUGAUUGUGAUAAUGAUAAUAAAAAAAUUGAAAUUACUUUAAGACAUAGUCCUGGUGUGCCUAAUUCUACUUUACUAUAUAUUAAGACUAUAAUACAAUCAGCAAUUACUAAAUCUAAUGGUUUUCCUACUGAGGUUCCUAAAGAUGAUUUUGAAGAGACCAGUAGUGAAUCAAACGAAAGUUGCAGCAGUAGCCAUUUUCCAAUUUUUCAUUCGGCAUUUUCUAAUCCUUCGACUUUAAUAGAACAAUCAGCUAUCAUAAAAAAUCGAGGACGUGGACGACCAUCUAAAAGUCACGAAGAACCAAUGGAUGUUGAACAAUUUGAAAAUGCGACGCCAGAAAAAAGGAAAUAUCUAGAAUUAAGAUAUAGGAAUAAUUUAGCAUGUAGAUUGGCACGAAGGAAACGAAAGCUGCAAGAAAAGGAAAUUUUCACUGAAGAAGUCAAUGAAAUUCAAAGAAAUGAAAGAUUAAAGACUGAAUUAAAAAAGUAUCAGUCAAAACAAAUAACACUGAUAAAUUAUUUAGAAAAAUUAAUAAAAGUUAGCGAUUCAGAAAACUCAUACGAAAAUUUACAUAGCUUUAAACUAUAUAAAAUGAAAGCUCAUAAAGUGAUAGCAAGUCAUUUAAAUGGAAAUAAUUUACAAGGAACUCAACAUUGGAUGUCACAAAAUUCACCAACCGAAAUCAUUUCGCAUUAAAGUUGAAAAUUAUCGAUGGAACAUACGAUUAAUUAAAAAGUGUACUCUACUCUUUCGUGUAGUUGAAGGUGAAGUCAGAAAAACGGAAAAUGGUAGAAAAUGUGAGUGACAUGUUAAAGUCAGAGCAUUUAUUCAAAUUAUUUACAUAUAAGAGAAUAUUUAUUGUAAAUGAAGAAGAUACACAUCUAAUGGCUAAUUUCUGAAACAAUUGAAAAUGAAUGAAGAAGUGAAGCCAAAAAUGAAGCGCAGAACCAAUUUUGUUUCAAAAACAAAUCGUAUGUUAACGCUUUAAAAUAAAUUAAUAAAAAGUAUUUAAAAAAUUAUUAAAAAAUUUUUUGCACU